UGCAGACACACCUGUGGAGGGCUGUAUAAAAGCUCAGGUGAGAUGGGUCUCAAACACUGAGCUCCAGUGAAGUAGCCGUCCACAGCAUCUCCACACACUGAAGCAACAUGGACCUCAGAGCCUCCAUCUCCCUUCUGGUGCUGCUGCUUGGCCUGUCCAAGGCUCUGCCUCUCAUGGCUGAUGGUGAUGAGAAUCACAUUUUCCUAGAGGAGCGUGACAGUGUGGAUUUGACCACACAGAUUUUAGCUACCAACAAUGCUUCCAGUGAAUUUCUAAUUGAGGGAGAUCUUGUGGUGCCAAAAACCAGAAAUGCUAUGACUUGCUGGAACAAUAACUGCCUAUGGAAGAAGUCUGCUAAUGGAAAAGUUGAGGUGCCUUACAUAGUGAGCCCUGAUUUCUCUUCCUAUGAUGUGAUGACAAUUCAAAAUGCCUUGGCUACCUUCAGCAGUAAAACCUGUGUGCAGUUUGUUCCUCGCUCAACCCAGGGUGACUACCUCAGCAUUGAGAAUAGGGAUGGGUGCUUCUCUGACCUUGGCAGGACAGGAGGCAAACAGGUGGUCUCUCUCUACAGGUCCGGUUGUGUUUACAGCGGCAUCAUUCAGCAUGAAUUUCUUCACGCUCUGGGCUUCCAACAUGAGCAGAACAGGAGUGACAGAGACCAGUAUGUGAUAAUCAACUGGGAAAAUAUUGACUCACAAAUGGUUUACAACUUUCAGAAACAAUCCACCAACAACCUGAACACUCCAUAUGACUACUCUUCUGUGAUGCAUUAUGGGAGCACUGCUUUCUCAACCAAUGGAAGGGCGACAAUCACACCAAUUCCAAACCCAAAUGUGCAAAUUGGACAGAGACAGGGAAUGUCCACCACUGACAUCCUGAGGAUCAAUAAACUGUAUGGAUGCUAAAAAGCUCAAACUGAUGCUGUCCCAGUCUGGAACCACCACAUGAUGUAACAGCUGAGAUUGGAGAGCACAAGUUCUUACAUGAUGGUUGUUAAUUGUGAACAUUAUUCCUCUCAUGUUGAUAUCACUGGAAAAUAAAAUGACUGAAAAGAACUUAAAAGAACUCA